AUGCAUUUAAAAUUAAAUAUUUCUAUUUUAAUCUUAUCUCUCUUGUUAUUGCAGACGGGAACAGACGAUUUUCGGUCAAGAGUCAUAUUCAAAAAGCAGAAGGUCACAAAAUGGGCUUUGAGAAGUUAUCAGAAGCACUUCAAUGGCAAGUGUCUGGAACUUGAAAUCAAAGAAGUUACAGUAUAUGCUUUUAGUAUUGAAAAUUUCAAACGUUCUCCAGAAGAAGUUGACACAUUGAUGACAUUGGCACGUGAAAAAUUUGCUAAAGUUAUGGAAGAAAAAGAUAAGCUAAUGGAGAAAGGAGUAAAGCUUCAAGUCAUUGGAAACAUAAAACUCCUGCCAGAAGAUCUUCAAAAGUCUAUUGCUGAUGCUGUUAUUCUAACAAAAAAUAACGAGAAAUCUGUUCUCAAUGUCGCUUUUGCUUACACAUCUCGUGAUGAAAUCACAAAUUCCAUAAAAACAAUUGCUGAAGGCAUUAACGAGCAAGAUUUGGAGGCUGAUGAUUUAAAUCAUUCCUUAAUUGACCAAUGUUUAUACACUAGACAGUGUCGUGAUGUAGACCUCCUAGUUCGAACCUCAGGAGAAAUGAGAUUCAGUGAUUUUUUGCUUUGGCAGACACAAUCAACCGUGUUUUAUUUCACUGAAGCUCUUUGGCCCGAGUUCACAUUAUGGCACUUACUUGCUGCUAUAUUCUAUUAUCAACGUUGCUACAUUCGUACUAAAAUAUUAAAAUCGUACUUCCAGGAGAAAACACCAACAAUAUCAGAUAACAAGCGCGUCGUGAAUUUCCUUUCGAAGGUUGACAAACAACGUUAUCAAGAAUUAGUGGAAAUCCAAAAAUCACGAGUUGUGUGA